AGCUUAGUAAAUUAUUAGCCAUGGCAUCAACCAACACACCCUUUGCCUAUUCCUUUGUCCUUGUGAUUUUUUGUAUACUCUCCACUGUUCCCAGAACAUCUGCCAUCAACCAUAAAAAUGUUAGUUUCUCUCAAAAUGACAUCAAUCUUCUGGAAUUCCCACUAAAUUUAGAGUACUUUGAAGCUGAUUUUUUCUUGUGGGGUGCAUUAGGUUUUGGCCUUGACAAAGUUGCACCUCAGCUUACCGGCAACGGUCCAAAGCCGAUCGGAUGAUCAAAGACAUCACUCUCCAGUUUGCAUUGCAAGAAGUUAGACAUUUGAGGGCAAUCAAGACGACAGUGCCCGGCUUCCCGAGACCGUUGCUCAAUCUAACAGCAGAAUCAUUUGCAACUGUUAUCAAUGAUGCAUUAGGGAAAGACUUACAUCCACCUUUUAACCCUUACGCCAAUGACCUUAACUACCUUAUUGCCUCCUACAUUAUCCCUUACGUAGGUCUCACAGGAUAUGUCGGCGCCAGUUCAAAGCUCCAAAGUCCAACUGCCAAGAAACUGGUGGCAGGGCUAUUAGGAGUGGAGUCAGGGCAAGAUGCAGUGAUAAGAACUCUACUAUACGAGAUGGCGCGAGAACGAGUUAAACCCUAUGGGAUCACAGUAGCGGAAUUCACCAACAAGAUAUCAAUGCUGAGGGAUGAUCUUGGACACGCGGGCGUCAAAGACGAAGGGAUUUUGGUGAAGCCAUUUCAAGGUGCGGAAGGAAAGAUCAAAGGGAACGUACUCGCAGGCAACAAAGACUCAGUGGCAUUUGAUCGAACACCUGAGGAGAUACUCAGAAUCGUUUAUGGAAGUGGAUCGGAGUACAAACCAGGUGGUUUUUACCCAAAUGGAGGCGAUGGUCGGAUCGCGAAAUCAUAUCUUAAACAAUCUGAAUCGGGCAGCUUUGAACCUUAAAGAUGUUGAAGUAUUUUUCCUUUGUAUAGGUAAAAAUAGGAGGCAAAAGUCUAAAGCAAAAUUAAGAUGUGGAAAGCUUUAUAUUGGUUCAUGA